AUGGGCGGAUCAUCAGAUGCUAGCCGCCUUUUCUCACCACAUCCAAUUAAAGAAGAUGGUAAUGCUUCGAUAAAUAAUGGCAUACCUACAAAGUCAAAGCUAUCAAUAGCAUUACAAAACGCCGCUGAUAAUGAAUCAAUAAAGACAGUGAAACCUGUAACGCAUCCUUUGAAUACGUCUAUUGGAAUUGAUGAUGUUUUCCACAAUAAUGAUCAAGGCGCUGGUGAAUUCAAUUCUGAUGAUGAUAGUGAAGAAGAGGAAAUUGAUCCUAAAAAAUUGGAAAAUGAAGAAAACCAAGAAGAUUAUAAAAGAGGUGGUUACCAUCCAGCUUUUAUUGGUGAAGAAUAUAAAGAUGGAAGAUAUAUUUUAGUACGAAAACUGGGAUGGGGUCAUUUUAGUACUGUUUGGCUUGCAAAAGAUAAUGAGAAGAAUCAACAUGUUGCCAUCAAAAUUGUUCGUUCAGCUUCUCACUACACUGAAACAGCAAUUGAUGAAAUCAAAUUGUUAAGAAGAAUAAGUUAUAAUAGUUGUGUACAUAGAGGGAAAAAGCAUGUUAUAGCAUUCUUGGAUUCUUUUACUCAUGAAGGACCUAAUGGUGCUCAUGUUAUAAUGGUUUUCGAAGUAUUAGGUGAAAAUUUAUUGAGUCUUAUUAGAAAAUAUAAACAUAGAGGUAUACCUGUUAUUUAUGUCAAACAAAUUGCAAAGCAAAUGUUACUUGCGUUAGAUUAUUUGCACAGAGAAACUGGUGUUAUUCAUACAGAUCUUAAACCUGAAAAUGUUUUGAUAGAGAUUGGUGAUGUUGAACAUAUAGUGAAGAUGGUUGAGACCUUAGAGAGAGAGGAAAAAGAUAAGAAAAGAGAAGAAAGAAGACGAUCAAGAGUGUCAAGUACAAGUGUUCCACCACAUUCUGGUUCCAAUAGUGGAACUUCAACACCAUCAAGAAAUGGAAGACGAUCAAGACGUCAAACAUUAAUUACAGGAUCACAACCUUUACCAUCACCUAUAAGCAGUGGGAAGUAUUUUGAAAAUUCAUUCUCACAAGAAUCACCAAGUAAAUCACGUAAUGGGAAGCCUGAAGGUGUUACAAACUCACUGUCAUCAAUGUCUAUCUCUGCAGAAAAUGCUAUACAGAGUUUACCAGAGGAAUCACCUGAAAUUUUGGAUGAAAAUUUGAUCAGAGUUAAAAUUGCAGAUUUAGGUAAUGCGUGUUGGUAUGAUGAGCAUUUUACUGAUGAUAUUCAAACUAGACAAUAUCGUUCUCCAGAAGUUUUAUUAGGUGCUAAAUGGGGUUGUUCGGCUGAUGUUUGGUCCUUAGCAUGUAUGAUUUUUGAAUUAUUAACUGGUGAUUAUCUUUUCGAUCCAGUUCAAGGUCAUAGUUAUACCAAAGAUGAUGACCAUAUUGCACAAAUCAUUGAAUUAUUAGGUAAAAUACCAUCAAAUGUCUUGAAAGAUGGGAAAUAUACUAGAGAGUUUUUCAAUUCAAGAGGUGAAUUGAGAAAUAUUUCUAAACUGAAACCAUGGGGAUUAAGAGACGUAUUGAUUGAUAAAUAUAAAUAUAAGGAAUCUGAUGCUCAUGAUAUCGCUGAUUUCUUAUUACCAAUGCUUUGUGUCAAUCCUGAAAAAAGGGCUGAUGCUGGUGGUAUGGUUAAUCAUCAAUGGUUAUCAGAUGCUAUGGGUUUAGAAAAUGUUGUACUAGAAAGACCAUUACGUGGUACCGGUGAUGAUAUUCCUGGUUGGUCAAAAGAAGUUAAAGGUCACCCAAAACAUUGA